AGAGAAUUCACCAUCCUCGCGAUGGCCGACUCUUCUACGUCUGUUCCGCUGGCAAAGGAUGGUGAUAAAUCUACUACGGCAUCAGACAAAGCCGCCGAUUUAUGGCACACUCUGGUUCAGUGGGCGGAUUUGCCUCAUUGGCAACAAGACAAUCAACACAUCCAUGGAAGUUAUCGCAAAGCAUCUUACAGCUAUUCUAGGUCCUUUCAGAGCAUUUUGCAUUGGCAUAACGAAAGUAUCAAUAUUUGGUCCCACCUAGUUCCGGCCACCCUGAGUUUGCCUGUCGGCUAUUCUCUUUAUCAAGCUCUACAACCCCGGUACGAACAGGCGUCCAAGGCCGAUGUCAUCGCAAUGAGCUGUUUCUUCUUUGGGGCCGCUUUCUGCCUGGGCAUGAGUGCUACCUAUCACGCCGUAUCCAACCACUCUCCGUCCGUGGCCAAGUUCUGGAAUCAAUUGGACUAUGCCGGCAUCGCUAUUCUUAUCGCCGGGUCCUUUGUGCCUAGUGUCUACUAUGGGUUCUGGUGCGACGGUCCGCGACAGGUGGUAUAUUGGACCAUGAUCUCUCUGCUCGGCCUCGCAUGCACCGCUGUCUCUGUCUUGCCCCAAUUUCGCACCCCUGCUUGGAGACCAUAUCGCGCAUUGAUGUUUAUCGGCAUGGGUGUUUCGGCCGUCUUCCCCGUUUUCGAUGGGCUGAGACUGUUUGGAUUACAGCAGAUGCAGAAGCAAAUUGGCCUAUUCUGGUUGGUGUUGCAGGGCAUACUGUACAUUUUGGGGGCAGGACUUUAUGCAGCACGAAUUCCCGAAAAGUGGUUUCCAGGAAAAGUUGAUACUCUGGGGAGCUCACACCAAAUAUUUCACGUUCUCAUCGUCCUGGCCGCCCUGUCGCACCUCAAGGGUCUCCUCAACGCUUUCGAUCAUCGUCAUGGUGUGGUGGGAUCUGCUUGUAGCUGAAUAGAGUGCAUCACAUUUUGAAGUCGGCAUUGACAAAAGCUCGAGGCUGAGCAGCACCAUUUUGAUGCGAAGCCACGUUGGACACGAGAGCCAUUUUCAAGUCUCUCGCACGGUCCGAUGUUAAAUCAUAGAUGGUGGCCAAAUUGAUGGUCAGGGUCUGAAAUGAGUGUCCUUGGUCUACCAAUUCCUCCAGAGUCAACUUGGCUUUCUUAAUCUCGCCAUUGUAGAGAUAAGCAACGGCGAGGUUCUGUCGGACCAGGGCACUGACCGCAGGAUCGACAGUUGGGUCGACCUGGGAAAGGAGUCGAGCAGCCUCGUCGAUCCUCCCCAGGGAUAUUGCUAGCAAGGCAGUAAGCAUAGAUUUAGCCGGCUCUUGGACUUGAGAUGCAUUGAGCAGGGACUGGGCUUUGGUGACAUGACCCAUUUUUAUUCGAAGCAAGAUCAUUCGGGCCUCCCAUGUGGCUAUAUGAUCUGCCUGAGACGGCUUCAAUGUCCCCAAGGUUCUUGCCGCGCAAUCAAGAUCUCCCAUUUCAAUCAGAGCAUUCACC